CGCUGCAUCAACCCGGCAUGCAGCAGCAGUAGCAGGCUGUGCUUUGGGAUCCAUUGUUCCAUGUUUUUCCACAGCCGGAGCAUAUUCCUUCCCAUUAAAACACCACGGCAGAACAAGCAAAGAGAAGAACAGAAACAUUAGGAGAUCUCAGCUUUGUCUGGCCAGGAUUAUUUCUAUUUGGGAACAUUGUUGUGGACAAAGGAGGAACCACACUUCAGCUCUUUGCUGUUGUCCAGGCUUGCAAUUGACUGCAUUGGGAAGUACGCUCUGGCAGCGUGGUGGCCAUGGGGCUGCCUGGUGGAGCUCGACUUGUGCUGGGGGUUUUAAAACAACCAGCGUGCCUCUUCAUCUGGAGGUUAUCGCUGCUCUUCUUCUCCAUGUGGGCACUUGAUGCACAAACCACUGUAGAAACUAAACCCUUAUACAUCUGGCAAACAGGUCCUUGGGGACGAUGUAUGGGAAGUGAGUGUGGACCUGGCGGCAGCCAGAGCAGAGCAGUAUGGUGCGCCCAUUCUGAAGGCUGGACCACCCUCCAUACAAACUGUGACCAGUCAGAGAGGCCAGACAACCAGCAGAGCUGCUUCAGAGUGUGUGACUGGCACAAAGAUCUGUACGAAUGGCAGCUGGGUGCUUGGAACCAGUGUGUCCCAGUGAUGAUGCGCAGUGCUGGGGUGCAGCGGCCAACAGUGUGCACACGGGGAGAGGAGGGCAUUCAGACACGGGAAGUGGGCUGUGUUCAGAAAUCUGAUGGCGAGCCUGCGGAGGACGUAAUUUGUGAAUACUUUGAACCUAAACCAAGGCAGGAACAGGCCUGUCUCAUAGCGUGUCCUCGAGACUGUGUGGUGUCUGAGUUCAGCCCGUGGACUUCAUGUUCUAAAACAUGUGGGAUUGGCUUACGGAAUCGGAUACGCUUUGUUCUGGCACCACCACUGUUUGGUGGGUCUGCCUGUCCAAAUUUGACUGAAUUUCAGACGUGUCAGCCUGGCCUGUGUGAGGGAGAGGAAAACCUUUACAGCCUCAGAGUUGGACCAUGGGGCUCCUGUUCUGUACCUUUGCCAAGGAUAGCCAGACAAGCUGAAAAACCACCCAAGGAGAGCAACAAGAGAUCUAGAGAAAGUGACAAAUCUGCUAAAGAGGGCAGCAAACAGCCAAGAGAUGGUGAAACACCAUCCAGAGGAGGUGACAAACAGGCCAGAGAAGACAGCAAACAGUCCAUGAAAGAAAGAAAAAAGAUGAGAGAUGAUGAAAAACAGUACCAAGAAAAGGACAUAAAGUCCACAGAAGGUGAGGAGAAAAUGUCCAAAAAUGGCAACAAACCAUCCUUGAGCAACAGAAAAUUGGUCAGAACAAACAGAAAACAGGGCAAGACAUUCAGACAGGCAGACCGACCCAAAAGACAGAAAAAGAUAAAAAACAAGGCAAAAAAAGAGAAAAUGAGAGAAAAAGGCAAAGGAAGAUUAAGGGAAAAGGGGAAAACAAAAGACCCAGAGACCAGAGAGCUAAUCAAAAAGAAGAGGAACAAGAAUCGCCAGAACCGCCCAGGAGGAAAAUUCUGGGAUCUGCAAGUUGGCUACCAAACCAGAGAAGUGACCUGUGUUCACAAGAGUGGGACCAUUGAAGCUCUGAGCCUUUGUUCUCAGGAGAUGCUGCCAGUGACCUUUCAGGCCUGCGUGAUUCCCAGAGACUGUGAUGUGACUGAGUGGUCUGGAUGGUCAGCUUGCUCCAAGCAGUGCUACGACCCCAAUGGGGCGAAAGGGGAGCGCAGUCGCAGUAGGAAAGUGAGCCAAUUCCCAAUCGGUGGAGGAGUGGAGUGCCCAGAACUUGAAGAAAAAGAGCCGUGCAGCCCCCAGGACGGAGCGGUUCCUCCAUGCACUGUCUACACCUGGAAAACAACAGAGUGGACAGAGUGUAGGGUGGACAUGCUGCUGAGCCAGCAGGAUCGUCGGCGUGGAAACCUGACAGGCUUGUGUGGAGGGGGAAUCCAGACACGCGAGGUCUACUGUGUGCAGGCCAGUGCUGUUGCUCCACCUAAUCUCAGUUCACUGAGGAGUAGAGAAGGUUUGCGGCCAGUGGACAGUGAACUGUGUUUGGGGCUUCCUCCGAAUACCACACAGCUCUGCCAUAUCAGCUGCCCUGUGGAGUGUGAGGUGUCUUUGUGGAGCGCUUGGGGACCUUGCACUUAUGAGAACUGUCAAGACCAAACCACUAAGAAAGGUUUUAAACUGAGGAAGCGAAGGAUCAUCAAUGAGCCAACAGAUGGGACAGGAAAUUGUCCUCAUCUAGUGGAGGCCAUACCGUGUGAAGACCCCAGCUGCUUCGAGUGGCUCGUGGUUAAACUGGAGGAAUGUGUCCCUGACAAUGAGAUGGAGUGUGGUCCUGGUACGCAAAUUCCCCAAGUCCAGUGUAUCAACAGUGAUGGUGAAAAAGUGGAGAAGCAGCUUUGCCGGGAUGCCAUUCUUCCAAUGCCUACCAUCUGUGAGGUGCCUUGCUCCAAGGACUGCGCUCUAAGCCCUUGGACUCCCUGGUCAUUUUGCUCCCACACCUGCUCUGGAAAAAACACAGAGGGGAAGCAGAUCCGAGUGCGUUCCAUACUUGCUCAUAACGCAGGAGAAGGAGGACUCCAGUGUCCCAAUGUCAGUGCACUGCAAGAGACGAGGAACUGCAAUGAGCAUCCAUGCACUGUGUAUCAUUGGCAAACAGGUUCCUGGGGGCAAUGCAUCGAGGACUCUUCAGGUCCGAACACUAACACGUCUUUGGGGAGAACGCGCGGCGAUGACAUCUCAUGCUCAGUGGGAAUGCAAACCCGGAAAGUCAUUUGUGUCCGGGUCAAUGUGGGCCAAGUUCCUCCUAAAAAGUGUCCAGAGAGUCUCCGUCCAGACACUGUAAGGCCGUGCCUGCUUCCCUGCAAAAGAGACUGUACUGUCACCCCAUACAGCGACUGGAGCCUCUGCCCCCCGGCAUGUCAAACAGGUGAAAAGACUAAGAGUAAGCAGUACAGGAAACGGAUGAUCAUUCAGUUACCAGCUAAUGGAGGACAGGACUGUCCUGAGAUUCUGAGUCAGGAAAGAGAGUGUGAAGCACCAUCUGUCUGUCAUGGCUACAGAUGGAAAACCCACAAGUGGCGUAGAUGUCAGCUCGUUCCAUGGUCUGUCCGACAGGACACUCCAGGAGCUCAGGAGACCUGCGGUCCAGGCAUUCAGUUUCGAGCCGUUUCUUGCCGAAAGCUGGACGGUGGGCAGGCAGACGUUGAGGUUUGUCUCAAGCUUGCCAGCCCCAUGCCUGCUCUCACUCAGCUGUGCCAUCUUCCAUGUCAAGAUGACUGUCAGCUCAGUAGCUGGUCCAAGUUUUCUACCUGCACAGCUGACUGUGUGGGCGUCAGAACCCGCAAGAGGAUACUAGUAGGAAAAAGCAAAAAGCGUGAUCAGUGCAAAAACAACCAGAUGUAUCCUCUGAGUGAGACGCAGUACUGUCCAUGUAAUAAAUACAACGCCCAGCCUGUGGGCAACUGGUCAGACUGUAUUCUACCUGAGGGCAGUCGCAUGGAGAGCCAGCCUGGUGUGAGGGUGCAGGGAGACAUGAAGGAGUGUGGCCAAGGAUACCGCUACCAAGCCAUGGUGUGCUAUGACCAGGACAACCGCAUAGUGGAAACGUCUCGCUGCAACAGUCAUGGGUAUAUCGAGGAGGCUUGUAUCAUCCCCUGUCCAUCUGACUGCAAAUUAAGUGAAUGGUCCAACUGGUCACGCUGUAGCAAGUCAUGUGGCAGUGGGGUCAAAGUUCGCUCUAAGUGGCUCAGAGAAAAGCCAUACAAUGGUGGAAGACCUUGUCCCAAACUGGACCAUGUGAACCAGGCUCAAGUGUAUGAGGUGGUGCCCUGCGUCAGUGACUGUGGACAGUAUGUCUGGGUGACAGAACCUUGGAGUGUAUGGAAGGUCAGCAGUGUGGACCUGAAGAGUAACUGUGGUGAAGGUGUGCAGACCCGAAAGAUCAGGUGUAUGCUCAACACAAUAGAUGGCCCAUCAGAGCAGGUGGAGGACUACCUCUGUGACCCAGAAGAGAUGCCUCUGGGAGCCCGGAACAGUCGCCUGCCCUGCCCUGAGGACUGUGUGCUGUCAGACUGGGGAGCCUGGAGCGCAUGUCCUCUGCCCUGCAGUGAGAACAGUACACGGGUCAGGGUUGCUUUCCCACUCCGGAAGCCAGGAAAGGAGAAGAAAUGUCCUCCGACUAAAGAAGCUGAACCGUGUAAACUCAACAUCAACUGCUUUCACUACUCAUACAACAUCACAGACUGGAGCACCUGUCAACUCAGUGACAGAGCUGUUUGUGGAUAUGGCCUCAAAACCCGCAUGCUUGACUGUGUGCGAAGUGAUGGAAAAUCUGUAGACCUCAGUUUUUGUAAAGAGCUGGGUCUAGAACGGAAGUGGCAGAUGAAUGCUUCGUGUGUGGUGGAAUGUCCUGUCAACUGCCAGCUGUCUGAAUGGUCACCAUGGUCGGAGUGUACACACACCUGUGGCUUGGCAGGUACACUGUGGAGGACACGAAGUGUAAUUCAGGCCCCUCAAGGUGAUGGCAGGCCGUGCCCUUCCCAGAUGAAACAAUGGAAGCCUUGUCUAGUAAAGCCAUGCUACAGCUGGCGAUACAGCGCCUGGUCAGACUGCAAGUCAGAUGCGGCGAGGUGUGGGGAAGGCAUGCGCUUCAGGAACGUGUCCUGCUUUGUGUCCGAUGGUUCCGGUCAGCAGGACAGCAGCGUGGUUGAUGAUGAGCUAUGUGGAGAUGUGGAACUUUCAGUGAAUGGAGACAGACUAAUUAUUCUGCAGGAGCUUUGUACUGUCCCCUGCCCAGGAGAAUGCUACCUGACAGAUUGGACUGUCUGGAGUCCAUGUCAGUUAAGCUGUGUGAGUGGGGAUGACCUUGGUUUUGGCUCUAUCCAAGUUCGAUCCAGAGCUGUAGUUGCUCAGGAUCCUGAAAACCUGCUUGAGUGUCCUGAACAAGAACUGGAGGCACGGCCAUGUGCAGGCGGACAGUGUUUUGAAUACAAGUGGAGGACUGGAACAUGGAGAGGUUCGUCCCGUCAUGUCUGGUGCCAGCGCUCUGAUGGGAUGAAUGUCACAGGUGGUUGUCUGGCAGCAGCCAAGCCAAUGGCGGAUCGAUCUUGUGAACCUCCUUGUACUAAACCAUGGUCUUUGUGCACAGAGGCAGGUGUUUGUGGCUGUGAAGAGGGCUACACUGAAGUGAUGACAUCUGACGGUGGGUUGGAUCAGUGUACUGUCAUCCCAGUGCUGGAGAUCCCAACUGCAAGUGACAACAAAGCUGACGUGAAGACCAUUCGAGCCUACAACCCUGUCCAGCCUGCAGCCAGCGCCCCGGGCAGAGCAGGGAGAACCUGGUUCCUGCAGCCCUUUGGUCCAGAUGGGACCCUGAAGACUUGGGUGUACGGCGUUGCAGCAGGAGUGUUUGUUUUACUCGUCUUUAUCAUUUCAAUGACAUAUUUAGCCUGCAAAAAGCCAAAGAAGCCACAGCGACGGCAGAUGAACAACAGACUGAAGCCUCUGACUCUGGCCUAUGAUGGAGAUGCCGACAUGUAGAAGUCUUCCUUCUUACAGACGUACUGUACAAAAUUCUGUCCUUGCUCGGGAUGCAGGGUUGCUGGUAAUACCCGUUAAUGUCAGGGUCACUACUGGGCAUUGGUCAGCAAAUAUGCAGACUAAGUUUCUGACAGAAAAAGAAACCUCUGAGCUCAAGACACUAUAACUCUGUGUUUAUUAGCAGCUUUGAUGUUUCCAUUUUAACAUUUUAAAUGUCAUUUUUUUUAAAGAGCCUUCAUGACUUUACUAUCUUCCUCUGGAAGUCUGCCUUUGCUUUUCUGACAUCUACUACCACCAAUUGCAUUCAGACCAUAUUUAGUGGAGAGGAGGAAACCAGAAGACAUUUGCUACAAAAGCACAAAUACUCAGUCGUUAGUUGAUCAUUUCUUAACAGCUUAGUUGCAUGGUCUUUGCUCCACCUUUGCUCUUGGUCCUUCAAAGAACAUUUUGUCUUCUCUUAGUCAUUGCUUGACGGACGGAACUGAAAAGUAAAAAUUUCACCAAAAAAAAGGAAAGCGAGCCCAAAGGAUCCUCGAGCUGCCGCCAUUCUGCCUGCCUCUCCCUUCUUAUUUCCAGGCGUGAUUUUGCACUAUAUUAGUGCAGCAUGAUAUGUACUUAUGUCUCGCUUUGCCAUAUGAAAACUGCCUCUCUCAAUACAAGAUGAUGUACAACUCUUGUGCUAGAAAUGUACAAAAAUACCUUUUUGCUAACAGAACUUAACAAUGUUUGAUAAUUUUUUUGUAAUACCUCUUGUAUGUUGUACAACAGAAUUUUGUAAAUAGAUUUUUCAGUGAUUUCACUUUGGCUAUCUAAUACACAAUGUACUGCUCUAUAUCCAAAACUCUGUUGGAGCCUUUAUUUGAGCUGGUAACUGUGACUUUACAUUAGGAUUUUUGACCAUUUUAGGAAAUUUAAGUUACAACAAUAAAAUGCCCUUACCCAGCUGAAACUACUAGACUAAAAAUCUCUCACUAAUCUAUACAUUUCUGAUCAAAAUCUUAAGAAAGGGCAACACUGUUUGCAUUUUGUGCUGGUGGUUUGUAACCAGGUUGUCAGCUGGUUUCUAAAUGCAAAAAAAAAAAAAAAAACAGGAGCAAGAGAAAAAACAAGCAAUAGAACAUUUUAUUGAAUACAUAGGAAGUUGCUCCACUCAUAUCGGACUUUUUAAACAUUCGUACAUCCCCAAAAGUUUUCUGUGGGAGUCCAUUCAGGAUAAUGUGCAGGAUGAUCCAGGAUGAUCCAAACUAGGCUCUAAAGACAACAAGCUGCUUUCUCAGGUAGCAGAUGGAUGAAACCCCAACCCUUCUGGUCAUACUGACCGUUUAAUGACUCUAGAGCUGUCUUCACCCAGCUAUAUGAAGAACUACUCAUUCACAUUGGAAGCCAUCAGGUCAAUCUAAUAAUUUUUAUUCUCAUCAGAAAAUGUUAAGAUAUUCAGGCUUUCAAUGGGCUGGCAAAUCUAAAUGGCCAAGUUAGCAGUGUGGGCUUUGAAAACUUUUAUUUUAUUCUUUAAGGUCAUCUCUCAGAAGUCGUCUUUAUGAUAACUGAACUGCAGUCAGAAUUAGUGAGGACCUUAAUUUGAGGAGGAUUAGCUUGUGUUUUCACACACAACAGAACAUCCAGCUCACUGCAGGUGAAACCUCUUUAGGUCUACCUUUAGACAUUUUCAUCCCGUAGCGUUUUAGAGGCCUAUAAUGAAUCUCUUAUUACAUUCAGCUUCAGCAGUCAUGUCACUUUAUGAGACAAACUUGCUUGCGCAGCUCAACAAUCCUGCCACAUCCAAAGACAGAAAGUUUCCCAACUUUUGUCUUUCUGACAAAAGCAGGAAUACUUUUCUCAGGACGGAACUGAAAAGUAGGAAUACUUUUGUGAGGGGAACUUGACAAUAUAAUGAAAAUGACAUGAAAUACCCAGAUUUUAACUGUUUGAGGCAGGUCUGAACAGGAUCUUAAACUUUUGAUCAUCUGACAAUUAGGUCUGUUUGAGAGCUUAAAUGCAAAUUUACCUCUUUUGCCCACAAUGGUUGAUGAUAACAUGUUGGGCAAAUUCAAUUAUUUGCUCACAAUAAAAAGUCUCUUGCUUCUGUGUUUUCAUGUUGCAUAUUGCUGCUCUUACAGGGCCAUCAUUCACCUUUGCAUGAAAUGUGAAUACUUCAAAAUUCUUUCUUAAUAUUUUAACCAGAAAUGGAUUCCAGUUUCAGUUUUCACAAGUUGUUUCUCUUUUCUUCAUUUUGUUUUUAGAAACAUAGUUGUUUAUCUUUAAUUACUUUUUCUGCUAUUUAAAGGAGACCCAUUAUGCAAAAUGUACUUUUUGAUUCCUGCUACUGGAAUCACAAACUGCUACUGACGUGGAUAGUAGCACUUUAUUUGAAUAAAAGUGACAGCAAUAAAACAGCUCAUUCUGAAAGGAGUUCAAAGUAGGCAGAACUAAACAGGUGAAAUAUCAUUGUCUUAAAAGGAUUUUGUGCAAAAAAUGUAAAGAACAUUGUCUGUUUCACCCAUAGAUCAAUGUUUCUCUAUUCCGGUCCUAAGGAGCCACUGCCCUGUGUGUUUUACAUGCAUCUUUGUUCCAAAACACCUGAUUCAAAUGAUAGCAUGACCUCCUCUGCAUGUCAUCCAGAGCUGCAGAAGCCUGUUUAUCACCUACUUAUUCCAGUCAGGUAUGUGGCAGAAGGGAAACACCUACAGCAUGCAGGGCUGGGUCUCUGAGGACCAGGACUAAGAAACACUGCCACACACCCAUCCUAUGUUGUUUAAAGGGAAGCGUAUUAGGUUCUCUCAACCAUCUUUUUCCCAUGUUUGUACUUUGAAUAAAUACCCAUUUAUACUUCAAUCUGCAUUUAUAAUCUGUCUUUCAAAGAAAUGAAUGCAUUUAGCGCAACAUUUUGUAUGAAAAGACAGACUUUACAGUUUGUAGUAGUAAAUUGAUAAAUGACUGAAGCCCAGUUGCAGGUGUUUAAAAAAAUGGAAACACUGGAUGUUAAUGGAGGGGUGUUGUUCUGGUAUUAUUCAUCUUGUAUCAAAGACAGUGUAACCUACAGAAAGCCUUUAUGGGAGGGUUUAUUGUUAAUCUCUAAGAUCCUUCAGUAGACAGAGUGGUAAUUAAUUAAAAAUAACAUUUUGAACAUGUUUUUUUUCUCUUCCAAAUGACAGUGCCCUUAAUUUUAAACAAUAGUUUUAAAAUACAACUCUUUGCAUUCCAAAUGGUCAUCCCCAAAUACUCCAGUAAUCCAAAAUAUAACAAGUCACUUCGAGGUGGUAGGAAGGAUUUUAUUGUUUUGUGGAAUGUGUACAUGGAAUGUUUAAUUUAUUUUUUUCUAAGCUUAUUAUUUGUAAAUAAUGGUUUUAUUCUUAAUUUUAUUUAUUACUAAUGUAACACAAUGUUUCUUUUUGUACUGCACAACAUGUUUCACAUGAAGGCAAUUGAAAGACAAAACAGGAGUGAAUGUGGUUGUAAAAGUGAAAAAGCUACCUUGUAAAAAGUUGCUUCUAAACUUCUCUUUCCUACUGUUUCUUUAUAUGUAUUUGAUUACCUACUGAUAAUAAACAAUCAAAAAUA